CGUCGCGUCUGUAAAAUCUAAAUUUAGUUCGACGAAAAAUCACUGAAUUUUCAGUUUUCCAUCAGUGACUUGUCAAAAAAAGAAAAUCAUCACUCCAUUAAUUUCUCCACAUUAAAUAAUUCCUUCAACUGAUUGAAAUCGGAUGAAUUUUUCGUAGUAGUGAAUUUUGGAGAGCUCUACGUCUCAGUGAAUUAAAAAAUUGAUAAAUCUUGGGAGUAAUCAGCCCAGGAGAUGACAAUAAUCACCACAAUGUGCACUCAGCUGUUCUCGUGCCCACUGUGCACUCAACCGAGUUUUAAUUCCUUAGAUUCAUUGAGAAUAGGUCUGGUGAGUGUAGCCACACGUCCAUUGACAUGUCCAAUAUGCAAUGACACAGUCUUAGGAAUAGAUAAAUUGACAAUUCACCUGUUUGGCCACACUAUCCCUGAGAACACGCCCAACGAGCCUCAGAUACCCGAAACCAAGACUCAAGAGAUUAGGUACCAUGUGCCUGAUUCCGGAGGUAAAUCCAGGAAUGUGAUGCUCAUCCAGACACCACAGAGCCUCGAAAAUGACUCUCUCAUUCCCAGAGGAUUUAUCACAAGUCUUCCUCUGGUGUUCAAUGGUAUCAGAGAAGAACCUACAGCUUCUACCACGAAUUCGCCACUUCAACCACACGUUGACCCUGAGAUAAAUGUCUUGAAUUUAUUAUCAGAGACUCCAGAGGGAAAUAAUAGUAUCGAGGGCAUCGUUUCGUCAUCAGAAUUGACUUUGCACAUUCCAGAGAGUUGUAAUAUUCAGUUCUCCAAUCCAGUGGAAGUGAAUGAUGAAAAAAUUUCGAGUGAUUCAUUAAUUAUGAAAGAAGAGAUAAAGGAGAAGAAAUUCGAAAAUGAGAAGAGGGAGAGGUGUAAUAUCUGUGGGUUGAGCCUAGCAAAUCGAAAUUCUCUCAUUUUGCAUAAACAACUGGCGCAUAAAAUUGCAGCUAAGGACUGCAACGUCAAGCCUGAGGAUCUCCUGAAGAAUUAUCCUUGUCAUUUGUGUUCUAAAGUAUUUAAGAUGAGGGGUAGCCUGAUGAUUCAUAUGAGGGUGGCACAUACUGGAGGUAAUUUAGCGACCCUCGGAGGGGAACGAAAUUCAGAUGGGGGAUUCAAUUGUCCGUUGUGUGGGAAGAAUUUUAAAAAGGAGCAACACGUCACCCAACACUUGAAGACCCACGAGGGCAAGCAGUGGGAGUGCGACGUGUGCAGUAAAAUGUUCACGACGAAGUACUUCCUGAAGAAGCACAAAAGACUGCACUCCGGGGAAAUGCCGUAUCAGUGCAAUAUCUGUUCCAAGACAUUUACAUUUCAACAAUCGUAUCACAAGCACAGGCUGUAUCACAAGGAUGACAAGCCCCACACCUGUACAUCAUGUGGUAGAUCCUUCAAGGAGCUCUCUACUCUUCACAAUCACGAGAGGAUUCACACUGGAGAAAAACCAUUUGCCUGUGAAACAUGUGGAAAAUGCUUUCGACAACGUGUGUCUUAUCUCGUGCAUCGAAGAAUUCAUACUGGUGUCAUGCCUUAUACUUGUUCAACCUGUGGGAAGAGUUUCAGAUAUAAAGUGAGUCAGAGGACCCAUAAGUGUCCAGGACAAUCAGAUCAUUCUGAACAUUCGCAGGUGGCAUCGGGAAAUGAUCCGAUUGAACCCAGGGCUUCUGAAUCUCAGGGAAAUGCAUUGGUCCCUUCUGUGUUGGAUAAUGCGAAUAAAUUCGUGGUCAUUGCAAACAGCAAUGGGGAGCCGACAUUAACGAGAGAGAUAGACGUGAAUCCCUUGUUUCAUUUCUCUCAAUCCGGGCCAGUGAAAGAAAAGGGAAAAGGGGAAUCAGUGCAGUCCUCUCGGGGUGUUCUACCUGAAGAGAAUUCUCAGGAUUUUUUGGGUUUAGUCAUGUCACCAGUGCAGAAUGGUCCAUCGUCUCCUUCAACUGAAAUGCAACAGUUGAGACUGGCCUCCCCAAAGUCCGAAAUUAAUCAAUCGUUUCAGGAUUCCUCGGACAAUCUCCAGAAGGACUUGAAACACGCAAUCGAUGGCAUUUUGAACGAGCGGAAUCGAGAGAAUAAUUCCUUGGAAACCAUCAACGAGGAUUCACUGAAGGAAUUGCUUUAUGGAAUUAAUAAAACACUUUAAAA